AUGUUAAAGUUGAGAAUCGGAACAACCGCAGCUACUUCCGGCGGAGGCGACGGUGAGUGGGAGCUCCGACCAGGAGGAAUGGUUGUACAGAGACGAACGGACCAUAUCUCCAACGUGCCACGUGUCAUCCGGGUCCGUGUCAAAUACGGGUCGGUCCAUCACGAGAUCAGUAUCGACUCUCAGUCUACUUUUGGGGAACUGAAGAAGAUGUUGUCUGGUGAGACAGGAGUUCAUCAUCAAGACAUGAAGAUUUUAUACAAAGACAAAGAAAGAGAUUCGAGGAUGUUUCUAGAUCUUUCUGGUGUCAAAGAUCGUUCCAAACUGAUACUCAAAGAAGAUCAGAUUUCUCAGGAGAAACGUUUCCUGGAGAUGAGGAAAAUCGCCGCCAAAGAGAAAUCAACUAAAGCAAUCUCCGACAUUAGCUUCCAAGUCGAUAGACUCGCCGGACAAUUGUCGGCGUUUGAUACAGUGAUUGGUAAAGGAGGGAAAGUUGAAGAGAAGAACGUGGAGAAUUUGAUGGAGAUGUUGAUGAAUCAGUUGGUGAAGCUCGAUGCGAUAUCAGUCGAUGGAGGCAUAUUACUGAAGAAGACGAUGCAGGAGGAAAGAUUACGGAAAUACGUUGAGGCACUCGACGUGUUGAAGAUCAACAACUCGAUGCAAACGCAAGCAAAACAUCAAGCACAACCGCAAUACGAGGAACAAGAUUUGGUGACAAUUGAGGAGGAAGCGUCGAGGAAACGUACGGCCUCCUUGUCAGGUCUUCCGGUGAUCAUAACGACGAGAUGGGAAACGUUUGAUUCUAAUCUCACCGCCGCAGCCCGGGCAGAUUCGGUUAAACCGGUUCAUCCAGAAACCAAAUGGGAAUUAUUCGAUUAA